GAAAAUAAUAUAAAUAAAUAAAAUAAUUAAUAACAAAAAUGUUAAUAGACAUUUGCGGUUCCUAAAUUAAACUAAUUACUAAAUAAUGAAAAGUUGAAUCAUCAAAGAUGUUCUUAAAACUCCAAAGUUAAAGCUAUAAAAACUCAUAAAACCCACAACACACAAACACCAAUGAACUGCUUAAAAGAAACCAUGGAAAGUCGUUUACUUGAAUACCGACCCAUAGGAGGUGGUCUAGACUACCAUCACAACUCACCAUUGAUAGGUGAAAUACCACCGGGCGGAGACUAUUCGCAAGCGGUACAUCGUUCCAUAGAUCAAUUGCGCAAUACACUCAAUGAACGUGUCACUUUGGGACCGUUAAGUGUUUUCUCUAAUACCGCCGAUAUAAGAACUUCCGUUUUGAAUUAUACUAAUCAGCCGCAUCAACAGCAUCAGCAACCGCAAUAUCAACUACAGGGAACGGUUUCAACUACGACGGGCAAUGUUUCUGGUACCGAAAAUGUUCAGAUGCAACUAACUAAAAGCGCUUGCAUGGAUGGUAAAUUGGCAGAUUCUACUACAGGAGCAGUUGUUACAUCUAGCCAACCCACUUCAGGCGGAAGAGGACGUAAAUCGAAAAUCUAUACAAAUCCCAAUCAGCAUAUAAUUGUUACUAGCAAUAGCGUGGACAAUGGGGGAACACGGGCCCAAAAUCGUCAGCAACAGAAUGAAACGAACAAUAAUGGAAUAUCAUCGUCAACUUCUUCACCUCAUCAUCAUAUGCAAAUGCAAGAUAUUAAAGAUACCAAGAUUUUCACUUCAAAAGCUGAUCUCCAACUACAUACUCAAAUGCAUAUGCGUGAAUCGAAGCCGUAUAAAUGUACUCAAUGCUCUAAAGCGUUUGCCAACUCAUCGUAUCUCUCACAGCAUACACGAAUACAUUUGGGCAUUAAACCGUAUCGCUGUGAGAUUUGCCAACGCAAAUUUACCCAACUCUCGCAUCUGCAACAGCACAUACGCACGCAUACCGGUGACAAACCGUACAAGUGUCGACAUCCUGGUUGCCAAAAGGCCUUCUCACAACUCUCUAAUCUGCAAUCUCACUCCAGGUGCCACCAAACAGACAAACCCUUCAAAUGCAACUCUUGCUAUAAAUGUUUCUCGGACGAGGCCUCCCUUUUGGAUCACAUACCCAAACACAAAGAGUCCAAGCAUUUGAAAACCCACAUUUGCCAGUAUUGUGGCAAAUCGUAUACACAGGAAACAUAUCUAAACAAACAUAUGCAAAAGCACUCGGAGAGAACAGACAAACGACCGCCCAUUGUGGCCACAAAUGCGGGCAGUAACUCGGCUACCGGAACUGGAACAGGUAAUAGUAACAAUAAUGCAGCUGUAGGAAGUAAUACAACAACUAAUAAUGUUACUGCCACAGCAGGUGUAGGAGGAGGAGGAAGCGGCGGCGGCGGAGGUCAUCCUGGUACAGGAAAUCAACACAACCGCAACAAUAUCUCAUUACCACCGGUAACUAUAGCACCCACCGACAACUCGUAUUGGCCCAAAGUCAGUCCCGACUCGGCAGCCAAUAUGAACGAUGUCAUGCAUCAGCAACAGCCGCAACAACAACAGCAGCAACAUUCCCAUCAACAACAUCAUCAACAACAGCAGCAGCAACAAGCUCACAAUGGCCAACAGCCAACGCAACAGCAGCAACACCAUCAUCCGCAACAGACGAACGCCCAACAACAACCUCCGACACAGCAACAAGGCCAAACUCAUAUGGACUAUACAAAUCAUCAGGCGACUGGCGCCAAUAAUCCACACAAUGAUUUGCAAAAUCAUCAUCGUAUGAAUGACACGGGUCGAGAGGAUAUAGUUUCAACACCCUCAACUGUGGGCCCCUACGAUGCCUCAAGUAUUACAAAAACCACCACAAAUUCAGCAUUUACACCGAUCAAUUCAAUGCCACCACAUUUGAAUACCCUCUCACAUCAUGCCAUGAGCCAGCGUCCAUAUUUAUAUGAUGCCAUUAGUUUUCAGAAUAAAAAUGUCAAUCAAAAUAAUGCUUCGAAUUCGUUUCCAAAUCAGUUGAUAUCGCUGCAUCAGAUACGCAACUAUGCACAUCAACCGGCUGGUUUAACGAUGGCCGGUGAACAUUUAUUGGGUGUUAGUGUGGGUCCAGGUAAAGAUAAGGGAUAGCUAUACUUUUAAAUUAAUUUUCUUUGGCGUUUGUUUUAAUUAGCGCAAUAGUUUAGUUUAUAUUAAUGUUAUAAUUUUUUUUUUUUAAUAUUUUAAAUAAUUAAUUUAUAAUUUAUUUAUAUUAAAAAUGUUUGCAACAAAUAUUUACACUUUAAUACUUGCCAACUGUAUUCAAAAUCCUUUUAAUUUGCUCAGAUUUUUAUUCCACCUAGGACUAAGACUGUAUGAAAGAAUGAAUGUAGCUCCAGGGUACGAAUAUUAUUAAGCUUGUGUUGAAAGUGUUCGUGUUUUAAAUUCAAAAGUGUUACGUUCGUCUGUAACGAAUCCUUAAAAUGAAUUUCGAAAAUAGUCAUAUAUAUGGACUUAGGUAUUGUAGAUCGAACCUUCAUGAAAUUAUUACAAGUAUUUAAAGUAUUGGUAGCACCUCGCUUUCCUGAGGUGCUACGGAAGUUUUUAAACUUUGGGACAUGAUAUUUCGAAAACUUGAUGUUAUAAAGAAAUUCCAAUGCCAAGUUUAUCCUUUAGAAAACAAUACUUUGGUCUAUGGGCUAAAAAUAUAUUGGCCUGUGUAAUUGACCCAAGUAAGUCUGGAAGGAACUAUAGACUACUUUCUAUUUUAAAAUUUCAUGUGGGCAAACGCCCAUAUACAUAUUGUGCCACGCCCAUAAGUAUUUAAAAUCACGUAUCUCAGAAACUGCAACAACUAGAUUUCUCAAAUUUUAUAAGGACAACUUUUACAUCUACAUGAACAUAUGGGGACAAAAUAUUCGGACUAGCUAUAGUGGGCGUGGCCCCUCCCAUAUAAAGAAAUCUCUAAAUUAUUAUAUCUGAGAAAAUAUAACAGCUAGAGUCCUCUAAUAUUUCGGAGCCACUUUUUAAAGUGCCACGCCCAAAUACAUAUUGUGCCACGCCCAUAAGUAUUUCAAAUCACAUAUCUCAGAAACUGCAACAGCUAGAUUCCUCAAAUUUUGUAAGGACAACUUUAACAUCUACAUGAACAUAUGGGGAUAAAAUGGGCGAACUAGCUAUAGUGGGCAUGGCCCCUCCCAUAUAAAGAAAUACUUAAAUACUUAAUACUUAAUAUCUGAGAAAAUAUAACAGCUAGAGUCCUCUAAUUUUUCGGAGCCACUUUAGUAUCAACAUAAAUACUUAGGACAAAAAAUGAGCGGACUAGCAAUGGGUGGCGUGGACCAUCCCAUAUGAAUUAAAUGCAAUAAAUCGUUUAUUUGGGCAACUAUUAGAGCUGGAAUCUUUAAAUUUUUCAGGAAGCACUUUAACAUACUAUAUGUGAA